GAUCACUAGUUCAAACACUUUCACAUCCAGGCUUACAACAAGGUCUUUGAGAGCACAGAUUAGCUAACAAGUAGUCCUACUCAUCAAAGACGAGAACGAUUCUGAGUGUAUAUCAGCGUAAAAAUCUGUGUAUAAAUGUUUGAAAUAAGCAGAAAAGCAUUACAUCUCACAAGCUUAGCAAAAUUCAAAAUAAGAUGAUCAAGAAUCUUAACAUAAUUGCCAGAGAGAUUGAUAUCAAGAAUAACAGAAGUGAAAAAUAGCAGGGCAGAGUUUAAUGAUUUUAGAAUAUAUAUUCUCUUAACCCAGAUUUUGGAUUUGCAACUUGACACUAAUAUUGAAGCUUCCACAGACCUACAAAUUCCUGAGAUAUUUAAAGACAGCAUCCUCCAAGUUAUUCCACCGAAAAACACCAGGGUGAUUGAAGCCUGCUGAAAUGUUUAGAAAGUCUAUGAAAAGUUGACAAAGAUACUAGCUUCUUAAUAUGAACUAGUCAUUAUACCCCCUUAUUCUUUCAUUGUUUGCUUGCCUUGAAAGAGUAGUAAAAUGCUCAAAAUACAUUGUAUUUAUCCUAGAAAAUUUGUUGCAAUACAGAGACAAUGCAUUUCCUGUUUUAAAAUUCCAAACUUCUAGAGAAUGCUAGUGAAGAUUAAUCAAAGGAAAGAUAUUGACAAGCUUGGUCAGCUUAGUAAGGUCAUUGCAUUCUUGAUUCUUGACAAGUCAAAGAAAUCCUUUUCUAAAAUGUUCGAAGAGAAGAUUCCUCUAAAAUACUCGCCAUCUGUCAAAAUUUUGGAUAUUAAUGAAGGUGUAUUAAUCAGAGCUCCUGAGCUAAUAGAAAAUAUGGUUGAAUACCUUCGAAAAUAAUUGAAAGAAGCUGAAAAACUGCCAUUCAAUAGUUUCAAGAAUCAUGGGAUUAACCAGAACAGCUUCAUCUCCUCUUUCAAAAGCUUCCAGCUAUGAUGAUCAAGAAAACUCAAAUGUACCACCUUUUUCUUACCUAGGAAAUUUUGUCGGAAGCGACUCAUCAGAUUAUCAAAGAGCAGCUUUUGAUAUAAAAUUUUCCUGAACUAAGCUCAAAUCCAAAAAAAUAAAAGAGUUAAUUCCUAACGAGAAAGUCGCAGAAUUUGUAUUCAACGGAGAUUACCUAGACACUCUUAAAAUAACAUCCAUGAAGAUAGCGAUGAAAGCAUUAGUGAGGAAGAAGACAAAGAAGAUAGCCCUCCUGGUCGGGACCUCCCGCCAACCAAUAUUUCAAACCUGCUUAAUUCAGUCAAUAAUCCUAAAUAUGAGACAAGUAAUGGAAACCUUUUGGCUACUUAGACUAAUCUCAAGUUUCUCAAGAAAAUUAGCAAAUCAUCAAUGGUUGAAGUCCUUUACAUUUUAAACAAAUUAAUGUUUGGAACAAAGAAAAAUCAAGUCCAAGAUAGGCUAAGAAAAUCUGGCAUAAUCACUACCAUUAAUAAGCUAUACUGUCUUCUCCAAAAGACGAUGGAUUACUCUACGUGACUCGGAAGAGAUACGAAAGUUCAAAUCCUCAAACUUGCAAUCAACUAUCUUGCCAGAAAUUCACCUAACUUAGAUAAUAAACUUCAGUAAAUAUCAUGAGAUGAACUAAUCCUUUUAUUAAAGCAAGAAAUAGCGCCAUGAUUGCUUCAUCACUACAUAGAAAUCGAUAAAGAAGCACAAAAGUACGCUAUAAAUAUUUUAGUUCUCUCUUCCUCUACUCACCUUAAAAAGUCAGAGGAUUACUGUGAGGAAAACCUUGCUAACCUUAAAUUGGAUUUCAAAUCUAUCAAAGAAAAUAGGGGUUCAUCAGUAAGGUGAUUUCUUCCUUUAUUAAUGCAUAUUCAUCAAGUAUCAAUACAUCAAAUCUUCGUUACUGGAAAACCUCCUGUAUUGAGUCCUUUGUACGAGGUGCAAAUCCAUUUUUCCAGCUGUUCAUCAUGCGGACAUUCUAACAAUAGAGACUCAUGACAACCAGAACUUACAGACAGCCCUAGAUAUUCUUGGGGAAUUAGUCAAGUUUAAUAAAAGAAACAUUCUCUUGCUAGAAGCUCAGAUCCGUCCAAGCGAUAUGCAGAAGUUUCUUGAUAAAUGACUCCGCCAUCUUAUUGACUCAAAUGUAUUCUUGAGAAGCAUCUUACUCACUAUGCUUAAGUGACAAGCGAAUGAACCCAGUCAGGAAGAACUGUUUAAUGCAGAUAAAGGAUUCAUAAAGAAUUCAAAAAUUUAUUCAUUCGUAAGCACUAAGAUUCCUGAAAUUAUUAAUGGUAUUCUGUCGAAUCUAACAGUUGAAAGAAUCUCACAGACAACCUUGUUAUGCCUCAACACUGUUAUAAUUACAAUAAAAUUUAUAUCUUCAUGAUGUCCAAAGAAUUAGGAAAGUUGGACAUGGUAAAAUCAAUUCUAGAAUCUCCAGAGAUAAAAUUAAACUUCCUUGAUCUACUCAAAGGGUGGGAGUACUCCUACUGCUAUAGACCGAGAGAUGAGCAUUCUCUACAAUUUACAACAGGAAUCGAGUUCAGCCAAUUUGUCAAAAUUAAACUAUUAAAAGAGUUAGAAGUAGCCUCAUAGUCUAAACCGAGUUAGUUUACGCAUGAUUGCCUAAAAUAGGAUCAAAUAUU